UACACACCCUCCACCCCCAUCGCUGCAGUGUCUCAACUGCCUUGGAGCAAACAAGAGAGGAUAUAGAACACAGACGUUAAUGAGAGAGAAAGAGGGCUGCGGAAAGAGAGAGAUGUAUAAGUGGGUUUCACCCUGUGAACAUGAGGAAGGCAUUAAGAUGAAGCAGCAGGACUAAAGGUGGAUUGCACAGAGCCUUUCUCACCCUGCAAGGGCUUGUCUGCAGUAUCCUUUGUAAAUGGAUGCUGGCUUGUGAAAACGAUUUGGUGGCCUUCAGUUGACUGGAAGAUAUCUCACCGAGCAAAACGGGCCAAAGAUAAAAUUUAGGUGGAUGAUUUCAGAAGCCAAACAAGGGCAACACACUGCAAGAGCCAUGUGGGAAGAGAGUGAAUGGGGUUUGCUAUUUGCUCGCAUCAAGCCUAAAUACUUUCUCUACUGACAUACACUGAACGUUCUCCAGCCUUCUUCCAGAACUUUUCCUCAGUGGGAGUCCCUGCUAUGAACCCCAGCUCCAUUGGCUUCAGCAGGCAGCCAAACCUCAGAGCCAGGCACUGUGUGGGCAUCCCACAAGUCUGGGUUCUGCCCACACAGAACUCACAGACUGCUCCUGAACCAAAAGCAUGAAACACUCCUGAGUCACUCAUCUGUGUGGUGGCUUUCCUGUCCUGUGCCAAACUGUUCUGUUGUGAAAUAGCUUCUUCUGAAGGCUCAUUCACACAAAGCCCCUCUUCAACCCUUCCACCACCACCUUAUCGGUCACCACUUCAUUACAAUUUGCUUCCUCAUCAAGUAGCAGCACGAGUUCCUUUGGGUUUACCACGUGGUGGAGGACCAUGGGAUGCCGUCAGAGCUCGGAGGAGAAGGAAGCAGCGCGGCGCUCCCGGCGGAUCGAUCGCCACUUACGCUCAGAGAGUCAGCGGCAGCGGCGUGAGAUCAAGCUAUUGUUGCUGGGCACCAGCAACUCUGGCAAGAGCACCAUUGUCAAACAGAUGAAAAUCAUCCACAGCGGAGGCUUCAACCUGGAAGCCUGCAAGGAGUACAAGCCGCUCAUCUUGUACAAUGCCAUCGACUCUCUCACCCGCAUCAUCCGCGCCCUCAGCACUCUUAAGAUUGACUUUCACAAUCCUGACCGCGCCUAUGAUGCUGUGCAGCUCUUUGCCCUCACAGGGCCAGCUGAGAGCAAAGGGGAGAUUACUCCAGAGCUGCUAGGGGUAAUGAAACGUCUGUGGGCAGACUCAGGGGUCCAGGAGUGCUUUCAGCGAUCCAAUGAAUACCACUUAGAGGACAACACUGCCUACUACCUAAAUGACCUGGACCGCAUUUCUGCACCUGAGUACAUCCCCACUGUGGAAGACAUCCUACGAUCCCGUGACAUGACUACUGGGAUUGUGGAGAACAAGUUCACCUUCAAGGAGCUCACCUUCAAGAUGGUAGAUGUGGGUGGACAGCGUUCAGAGAGAAAGAAGUGGAUUCAUUGUUUCGAGGGCGUGACAGCAAUCAUUUUCUGUGUCGAGCUAAGUGGCUAUGACCUCAAACUCUACGAGGACAACCAGACGAGCCGUAUGGCCGAGAGCUUGCGUCUGUUCGACUCCAUCUGCAACAACAACUGGUUCACCAACACGUCACUCAUCCUCUUCCUUAACAAGAAGGACCUGUUGGCUGAGAAGAUAAAACGCAUUCCACUGACAGUGUGCUUCCCUGACUACAAAGGUCAAAACACCUACGAGGAGGCAGCUGUCUAUGUGCAACGGCAGUUUGAGGACCUCAACCGCAACAAGGAGACCAAGGAGAUCUAUUCACACUUCACCUGUGCCACUGACACCAGCAACAUCCAGUUCGUGUUUGAUGCUGUCACGGACGUGAUCAUCCAGAACAAUCUGAAAUACAUUGGGCUAUGCUAGGACCUGAGACGGGUGGGGGGGUGUUAGGGGGUGAAGCAGGCUGCAGUUGGCCUGCCAUCAGGCUGGAUAAACAAAGGCAUGUUAGUCUGCCUGGCAGUUUAUCUCUUUGAAGAGGGGCAACAGAGAACUGGGAAGGAAAUGAGGUAGUAAAACGGGGAGGGACGGACAAUACUGUAGAUUCAACUGUUUCAAUGGAAACAACAGAGCUGAGGGUCCAUGGUUAAGACGGGAUUUUAACCCUACAUGUUUGCACUGAAUAUGAGUAUGCAGAGACACCCAAACACAUACACACCGACACACAUCCUUAUAGUUUGCUCACACACAAGACCUUCAGUCAAACGCUGUUUUGACAAGGCAACACUGGAAAUUUUAGACAGGUACCCCCCAACUGCCUGCCAAACGCGAACCCUGUAAUGGCGGUUUCCAAUUACUUUUGUCUCUUUUGUUUCAUUUGCCUGAGUCAGUUAAUGCUGCUUUAUCAAAACAAUAUCUGCAGAAUCAAUGCUCUCUUUUGGCUUUUCACCUAAACAAUAGUAAACAGCGAGUGCACCUGAGGAGACACAGAGAGAGAGAGCCUGUAUUUCUGGGAAAAAAGAAGUCAGUAAACAUGAUGUCACAGGUUUUCUGCCUAAAAGAGGAAACUGCCACAGUCUAAAGUCAAAGUGAAAUAUGUUUUCUACGCACCAUUUCUGUUCUUUCCUUGUCAACCCUCUAUUGUUGUUCUUUUCCUCUCUUUCUUUUAUCUUUUUGUGCUUAAAAAAAAAAAAACGAAAACAAAAAACGAAUGCGUCUCUCAAACCUGCUUUUAUAGCAGGUCACUGACUUAAUAAUACCAGGAGUAUGUUACACUCAGCAGAGUCAAAAGUAUUUUUCAUUACCAUUUCCAGCAAGAGACAAAAAAAAAAAUCAACAAAACAAAACAACAACAAAAAACAGUGCCAAGAUCAGUUUGUAAAUAAAUCCAGAUUCCAUCCUUUAUGUUCAAUUUUUUUUUGUUUGUUUAGUUUUUAUGGACGAAUACAUUAAAAAACAUGCAUGAUUUUGUUACUUUGGGAUACUAAUAUAUUUUCUUUGGGAUUAUGUUUCUCUUUUCCUAGGUUUUAAAUAAUAUAUUCCCAAAAAUAUAUAUUAAAGUCAAACACUGUGUACGAUUGUACAGUUGUCAGAGACGAAUCUAUUGAAAAGAGUUAUAUAAAUAUAAUAAUGGUGAUCAGAAUUUUAUGAGGAAGCUGGAAAAGAUGAUGAUGAUGAUGAUGAUGAUGAUGAUGACGAUGAUAGUGGUGAUAAAGAAAACCUCACUACAAAGUUAGGGUAGAAAGUGGAGACUGUAGGAGAAUCUGAAAACAAAGAAGCAGAUCUUCUGUGCAUUAUCUAAAUGGGAAUUGUUUAAAAACAGUCAGUCAGUAUGAUGUGUAAAUAUGCUGUAAGGUACACUCUUUGUUCAAACAAAUGAAAAUAACGGUUGAGUUGGGAUUCUGUGAGUGAGAUAAAGAGAGAGUGUGAGAUAGAGGAGGAAAAUCCUACUCCGCUCCUCCUCUUACCCUUUCUUUUUUAGUUCAGAGAACAACUCAGCCAAGGGCUUGACUUUACGGGAUGUCCACUUCAACAACAGACUUAAACAAUGAAAAAAAAAGACAUAUAAAAGGACAAUAACUAUGAAUAAAACAACUUAUGCAAAUU